AAAGCCAUCCGAGGAAGGUGGCUACGUGCAGGGUAAAUAUAGAGGCAUAGGGGGCAGGUGUCGUACUUUAGAAGGCCUUUGGUUUGCUUCUCUUUUGCUGAAAUUUCUCUCCUUUUUCACUUCUCCAUCUGUGACCUAAGAAAGAUCUCUCCUUCCUCUAUUUGCAUUCCAUUGCCCUGAAUUAUAAUACAAAAUACAAGAACGAAAGAGAAGAAAUCAUCACAAAGGACAACUUUUUAGACGCAAGUCAUUGCAAUUUGCAGAGAAUUUAAUGACCCUUUCUUCAUCUGAUAAUACAUGAAAGGACGCAUCUAACGGUUCUGCUUCUUUUUCUUCAUCGCGUCGGGUGCUUGGUUUGUCGGUUUUUUUCCCCAGAAGAAAUCUUGGCUUAAGGGAAGAUGAGUGGAGCUGUGCUUGUAGCUGUUGCUGCUGCUGUCGGCAACUUAUUGCAAGGAUGGGAUAAUGCAACCAUCGCAGGGGCUGUUUUAUACAUAAAAAAGGAAUUUCAUUUGGAAAGUGAACCAGCUAUAGAAGGACUAAUCGUGGCUAUGUCACUUGUUGGAGCCACUUUAAUUACUAUGUGCUCUGGACCCAUAUCUGAUAUGCUAGGCCGCCGUCCGUUGCUGAUAAUCUCAUCUGUACUUUAUUUCAUUAGUGGUCUUAUAAUGCUAUGGUCUCCCAAUGUUUCUGUUCUACUUCUAGCAAGGCUCUUGGAUGGAUUUGGCAUUGGUUUGGCUGUUACUCUAAUUCCAGUUUAUAUAUCUGAGACGGCACCGCCUGAAAUAAGGGGGUUGUUGAAUACCCUUCCUCAGUUCACUGGAUCUGGUGGAAUGUUUCUCUCAUAUUGCAUGGUGUUUGGAAUGUCCUUGAUGGAGGCUCCGAGUUGGAGAUUGAUGCUUGGAGUUCUUUUUAUUCCCUCUAUUAUCUAUUUCCUAUUGACUGUAUUUUUCCUGCCUGAGUCUCCAAGGUGGCUUGUGAGCAAAGGACGGAUGCUUGAGGCCAAGAAGGUUUUGCAGAGGCUCCGUGGCACGGAAGAUGUCGCUGGUGAGCUGGCUUUACUGGUUGAGGGACUUGGACUUGGGGCUGACACAUCAAUAGAGGAGUACAUAAUUGGCCCAGCCAAUGAUUUCACUGAUGACCAUGAUAUAUCCGCUGACAAGGAUCAGAUCAAGUUAUAUGGAUCUGAACAAGGUGUCAGUUGGGUUGCCAGACCUGUCAGUGGGCAGAGUACUAUUGGUCUUGCAUCUAGGCGUGGAAGCAUGGCAAACCAGAAUGUACCUCUCAUGGAUCCUCUUGUGACCCUCUUUGGUAGCGUCCACGAGAAGCUCCCUGAACAAGGAAGCACGAGAAGCAUGCUUUUUCCGCACUUUGGCAGCAUGUUCAAUGUGGGAGAGAAUCAACCUAGAAAUGAAGAUUGGGAUGUGGAGAGCCACGCCAGAGAAGGCGAGGAUUAUGCAUCUGAUGGUGAUGCCGGUGAUUCUGAUGACAAUUUGCAGAGUCCAUUGAUCUCUCGCCAGACAACAAGCAUGGAUAAGGACAUGGUCCCACCAGUUCAUGGAAGCAUGACAAACACGAGACACGGGAGUCUGAUUCCUGGAAAUGAUGGAGAGCCAGGUGGUAGCACAGGGAUUGGUGGUGGUUGGCAGCUUGCAUGGAAAUGGUCCGAGAGAGAAGACCAAGAUGGAAAGGGAGGCUUUAAAAGAAUUUAUUUGCAUCAAGGGGGUGCCCCUGGUUCUCGGCGUGGAUCUCUGGUUUCUCUGAGUGGUACUGAUGGCCAUCCAGACGCUGAUUACGUCCAGGCUGCUGCUUUGGUGAGCCAACCAGCUCUUUAUCCCAAGGAGCUUUUGAAUCAGCAUCCAGUUGGACCAGCUAUGGUCCACCCAUCGGAAACUGUGGCUAAAGGACCAAGCUGGAGAGAUCUUUUUGAACCAGGUGUCAAGCAUGCCUUAGCUGUUGGGGUGGGACUUCAAAUACUUCAGCAGUUUGCUGGCAUAAAUGGGGUUCUCUACUAUACUCCUCAAAUUCUUGAGCAGGCAGGAGUUGGAGUUCUUCUCUCACACCUGGGCCUUGGUUCAGCUUCUACAUCUCUGCUUAUCAGCGCCCUUACAACCUUGUUGAUGCUCCCCUGUAUAGCUGUUGCCAUGAGGCUCAUGGAUAUCUCCGGGAGAAGGACUUUGCUGCUCACAACUAUCCCUGUGUUGAUCGUAUCACUCAUUUUGUUAGUCCUGGGAAGCAUGGUGGAUUUGGGCAGUGUUGUAAAUGCAUCAAUCUCAACUGUUAGUGUUGUGCUCUACUUCUGUUUCUUCGUCAUGGGUUUUGGGCCAAUUCCUAACAUACUUUGUGCGGAGAUCUUCCCUACCCGUGUUCGUGGCCUUUGCAUAGCCAUAUGCGCCCUUACAUUCUGGAUUUGCGACAUCAUUGUGACGUAUACACUCCCAGUGAUGCUCAAAUCUGUUGGCCUUGCUGGUGUUUUUGGUUUGUAUGCAGUCGUCUGCAUCAUAUCAUUUGUGUUCGUCUACUUGAAAGUUCCGGAGACCAAGGGCAUGCCUCUGGAAGUGAUAUCGGAGUUUUUCGCUGUUGGUGCAAAGCAGGUUGCAGCUGCCAAAGAAAACUGAAUCCAAGCACCUAUGGAUAGAAAAAGUUUUGACUGUCGCUUUAUUUGUUAAGUUUAUAUUUUUGUAGAAUAAGGACACCAUCCUUUCCCCUCUCCCUUUUGUUAUGAUUUUAUUUUACAAGACUCUCAAGGUUCUUUCCUCCUCGCGUGUUGACAUUUUUUUUUCAUACUCUUCGUCAUGUAAGAUAAAGAGUGGGAUGAUCAAUGAGGUAUGAGAAAUAGAAGGGAUUUAUUU